UACGAUUUCCGCCACGAUUCGUCCCCACCAAAUGCCGCAUCUCCAUUGCUAUGUCGUCACUGCUUCUCUCAUGUCCCAUGGAAAUUAUGGAUAGUGUCAAGCAAGUUGGGAUAAUAAGCACCGUUUUCUACUCUGUACUGUUCUUCAGUACAUUCACUGAAUCUGCUCACCCUUUCCCCGUUCUCUUUAUAUAUCUCUCUGCAUCAACCCACAUUACACUACCGAAUCAUCUGGAGACUCGUAAAAGCCAGCUAACGUCUCAAAUCAAGCUAAUCGACAAUGGCAGCCACAGCUCUGGAUAAAUCCGUGCCCGAGAUCUUGCCGCCGGCGCUCGAUGCUUCGUCGGAGCCACCUCCACUCUUCGAUGGCGUCACCAGGCUGUACACCUAUUACGGAUGCCCUUUUGCUCAGAGGGUUUGGAUCACUAGGAAUUUCAAGGGGUUACAAGACAAGAUCAAGCUAGUCGGCAUAGAUCUUAGUAACAGGCCUGCUUGGUACGCCGAGAAAGUUUAUCCCCCUAAUAAGGUGCCAGCACUUGAGCACAAUGGCAAGAUCAUAGGAGAGAGCUUGGAUUUGAUCAAGUACUUAGAUAGCAACUUUGAAGGGCCUUCUCUUCUCCCUGAUGAUCCUGCGAAGAAGCAGUUGGCAGAAGAGUUGUUUGCAUACACCGAUACUUUUACUGGAACGGUGUUCUCUGCUUUCAAGGGAGAUGCAGUGAAGGAAGUUGCCCCUGCUUUUGAUCAUCUGGAAGCAGCUCUGUCGAAAUUCGACGAUGGACCUUUCUUCCUUGGUGAUAGGUUCAGUCAGGUGGACAUUGCCUACAUUCCAUUUGUCGAGAGGUUUCAGAUCUUCCUUUCGGAAGUGUUCAAGUAUGAUAUCACCGAAGGAAGGCAAAAACUUGCAGCUUGGAUCGAGGUAUGAGGCAAAAUCAAAGUUCCAGCACUGCAGCCUGAGCUGCGCCUUAACCGGCGCCUUACAAUCCUAAUUGCCCUUGCAGGAGUUGAACAAACUGGAGGCUUACAAACAGACGAAACUGGAAGGUACAAAGGCACAGGUCGUGGAGGUCUACAGCAAACGGUUCUUGGGUAAGUAAAUUGGCAACAGACCACUGCAAGUGGGUUCUUCUCGUGCUUUUGCAGGGAGAGGCUCUGGCUUGGUGGCUUGCUUCUGUAUGAUAUGUGAAAGUAUCUGUCUAAAUAAUGAAAAAUUACCCCCGGAGACAGAAAGUAGAAGAAGAAAGUAAUAGAAUAAGAAACAUCAACUGGGUUUGUAGGAGCUGUGAGGGGUGUGGACGUGUGGUUGGUUUGGCUGUGUUCUUGUAUUGUAUUAUUUGUAUGGCGUACC